UCUCUGCAGUUUUCUCCUGCUAAAGCAGUUCCUGGUGAGAAAAACACUCUCCAGCUCUCAGCUCAGCCUGGUUCACUGUGCGGCCUCAGUGCUGUAGAUCAGAGCGUCCUGAUUCUGAAGCCAGGAGAACGUCUGGAUACUGACAAGAUCUUCAAUAUGCUGCCAGUGCAAUCAGUGUCAAAUUAUCCUUACAGUGUUGAAGAUGAGCAGGAGUGUCUGCAUGUGAGACCCCGUCGAGCUUUAAUGACAGACAAUGCCUAUGAAUCCUUAAAGAGUGUGGGGCUGAAAAUGGCAACAAAUUUGGCUGUGCGAGUCCCUAAGUGUCUGUCAUACAAGGGCUUGACUUAUCACAGAUAUGAAGUUGUAGCAGAGUAUGCACUAUCAUAUGACAGUGGCGUAGCAUUGGAUUUGGAUUAUGGAGAUUCUUCAGUUGAAGUGACAGUUCGUACUGUCUUUCCUGAAACAUGGAUUUGGCAACUUGCUGCAGUUGGGGACUCUGGAUCAGCUCAGGUUCCUGUCACGGUUCCUGACACCAUCACCUCUUGGGAGACGGAGGCCUUCUGGCUGUCCUCCAAAGGUCUGGGUCUGGCUCCUCCUGCUCAGCUGACAGUUUUCCAGCCCUUCUUCCUGGAGCUCUCUCUGCCUUACUCCAUCAUCCGUGGGGAGAUCUUUGAGCUGAAGGCCACUGCCUUCAACUAUCUGUCCAAGUGCAUCAUGGUUAAAGUGACUCCAGCUCCUUCCUCAGACUACACUCUCAAAGCCUCCUCUGAUGAUCAGUAUUCAUCCUGUCUGUGUGCUAAUGGAAGAAAAACCUUUAAAUGGAUCCUCACUCCUUCUGUUCUCGGAGUCUUGAAUAUUACAGUCAGUGCAGAGGCAGAGGCGUCCCAGACUGUGUGUGACAAUGAGAUUGUGAGCGUGCCAGAGAGAGGACGCAUUGACACAGUCACACGAAGUCUGCUUGUACAGGCUGAAGGAACUGAGAAGACAGAGACCUACAGCUGGUUACUGUGUCCAAAGGGCGACACUCUCUCAGAAGAAGUGAAUCUGACUCUUCCUAAGGAUGUGAUAGAGGGAUCAGCCAGAUCCACUGUUUCAGUCAUUGGAGACAUAUUGGGUCGUGCACUGAGCAAUCUUCACGGAUUAUUACGGAUGCCAUACGGCUGUGGAGAACAAAACAUGGCUAUUCUUUCUCCCAAUAUUUACAUUCUGCAGUAUCUGGAAAACACAGAGCAACUCACCUCAGCCAUCCGAGAGAGAGCCACCGGCUUCCUUAAGAGCGGAUACCAGAGACAACUGAACUACAGGCAUAACAGUGGUGCAUACAGCACGUUUGGACACGGUGAUGAGAAUUCAUGGUUGACUGCCUUUGUCCUGAGGUCUUUUGGCAAAGCACAGACAUAUAUAUUUAUUGAUCCACAAAUUAUUCAGAGUGCAAAGAAAUGGUUAAUAAGCAGACGGGAUUCAGACGGCUGUUUCAUCCAACAAGGAAGAUUGUUUAACAACAGAAUGAAGGGUGGGGUGAAUGAUAAUGUGACCAUGACUGCCUACAUUACUGCAUCACUGCUUGAACUGGAAACUCCAGUCACAGAUCCUGUCGUCACUAAAGGUUUGUCCUGCUUGAAGUCCAUCAUUGAGGAUGUCAAAAACACUUACACCACUGCUCUGCUUGCCUACACUUUCAGUCUGGCUAGAGACACGGACACUCGACAGCAGCUUUUCAAGAAACUGGAGGAUGUUGCUAUUUCAGACGGUAAGAUAUUUGUUUCUGAUGACUUUCUUUACUGGUGUCUGUACGCCACCAAAGUGUUCAGCUCUGACGGCUCCAGCACAGUGACUGUACAGUCAGCAGGAGACACUCACCACUUUGAUGUCAAUCAGGACAACAAGUUACUGUACCAGGAGAAGCAGCUGCAGAACGUUCCAGCGAAAUACAGCAUUGAAGCGAAGGGCUCAGCCUGUGUGUCUGUGCAGGUGGCUCAGUUCUACAACAUUCCCACUCCUACUGAAGCUAAAACGUUGAGCAUUGAUGCUAAGUUUGAGGGAGAUUGCAAAACAUUGGAACAAAAUUUCAUUUUGAACUUCACUGUCAAAUAUCAUGGUCCUCAGGAGACAACUAACAUGCUCAUUGUGGAUAUUAAACUUUUAUCAGGAUUCACAGCUGAUACAUCAUCGCUUAGAACGUCAUUUAGUUCAGCAGUACUUGCUCAGAAGUAUGUGGAGCGGGUUGACACAAAAGAAGACCAUGUCAUAGUUUAUUUAACAGAGAUUCCAAAACACAUUUCUAUGAAUUACAAGAUGAAAAUGAAACAGGUUCUUCCAGUGAAGAAUCUCAAGCCAGCAGUGGUCAAAGUGUAUGAUUACUACCAAACAAGUGAUCAGUCGGAGACAGAGUACUCCUUCCACUGUCAAUAAGGUCAUGCACUUCAGUUCUGCAGCUCAUAGUACGACACAGAAUACAGAAU